AUGUUCAAGCGAUCGUUCAAUACCAGGGAUGGUCGUGUGACCAAGCCGUUGAAGCCGACCAAGAAUGCCUUUCCCGAACAUUUGAAGAGGAAGAUGCAGGACAGCUUAGAAAGUCCGUCGGUCGGAAGCUCUCUGACCAGCCCCAUAAUCACCUUGGUUGUGGGUCAUGAACAGCGCUUGUUCGCUGCUCAUGAGGACGUUCUCUGCCAUUCACCUUACUUCGCUGCCGCCCUGAAGGGCAAGUUCCUGGAUGGAAGCGCGAAGAAGUUGGAACUGCCUGAUGAAGAACCCGAGAUUUUAUCCUGCGUCCUCGAAUUCCUGUACAAGGGUGACUACUAUCCCCGUUUGAUGCACAACAAGCGGCGGAACACCUGGGAUCUUGAGGACGCCCAGGAUGCCAAAAUUGGUGGUCGCGGAAACCCUGAAUCCGCAAUCUAUCUCUCCAGUGUUGGUGGCGAUGUCCUCCGGGAUACCGUUGUCUACUGCGCAGCCGAGAAGUACGCCUUGGAGGAUCUGAAGCGUCUUGCUCUUCGGAAACAAGGCCUUCAGUCCGGCAUCCAAGUUGAUGUGAUCUUGCGAUCUGCUCGCUACGCAUACGACUUUACACCUGACAGCGAGAGUCGUCUCCGCGCUCAUUAUCUUGCUCUGAUCAUCCGAAGUCGGAAGACUUUCAAGAGGAGCGGAACCAUGCAGAUGGAAAUGGAGAAUGGGGGCAAAUUGUUUUUCGAUCUGUUUGUGGCGAUGUGCAAUCACAUUGAUGACAUUGUCGAGAUUAGGUAG